ACUUACUUGAAAAAUAAAAUUUCGCUAGAGUAACAAUUUACCAAAAAAUACUGUUAUAGCAAACGAAUAAAAUGUAUUUCAAAAAAUGUAUCCACUCCCCAUGGAACUCUGCAUAGAAACGCCACUGAUUGUUAUUGAUCAUUACUUCAUUAUCAAUGAAUUUUCAUGUUGUUGUUAUAAACGAUAACGUAGUGAUAAUACAGCACAACCACGGUUAAAUUAGAUAAAAAAUCAUUCAACAGUGCAUAUUUUAUUAUAUUUGAAACUCUUUUCCCUUAAAAUGGAAAACAUAUCCAACAUUUACUUAACAGACUACAUUCCAACGAUCUACACAACUCCCUGUACGAUGCAGUACACCCAAAAUGGCAAAACCAUUGAACGCGGCAUUUUUGCUGAACGCAACGGGGUCCUCAUUAUCGUGUACAACAAAACCCAAAAUGUAUUAACUUUAGUUAAACAAUUUCGAGCAGCUGCUUACCUGGGUUGCAUUCCAGAACAAGACCGAAAAGGAAUCAUUGAUACUGAAAAGUACCCCCCAAAAUUGGGGAUAACGCUUGAAUUUUGUGCUGGACUGGAAGAUAAAAAUGUAGCUACGGAACAAAUAGCACGAGAGGAAAUAUUAGAAGAGUGCGGUUAUGAUGUCCCUUUGGAGAAACUAGAGAAAGUUUGUACUUAUAAGAAUUUGACAGAGACAACAGGGGCGAGGACUACGAUGUUUUAUUGCGAGGUUACUGACGACAUGAGGGUCUCAAAGGGAGGAGGUGUGGAUGAUGAGCUUAUUGAAGUGAUGGAAAUGCCAGUGGAGAAAGUGUUGGAGUAUGCUAAUGCAAGUAAUGUGAACAGUCCAAUGAACUUCAUGUUUGGGCUUCAGUGGUUUUUGUACCAUAAAUAUAAGCACAAGGUCUAGGUUGAUUGUUGUGUAAACAGUUAGUUUGUUGUUAAUUUGGAAGCUGUUAUUGUGAAUAAAUAAAACAAAUAUUAAGUAA